AUGGCCAAUUACACGGCCGUCGCCGCCGACGCCAACGCGCUCGUCGCCGAGAAGAAGUCGUGGAUGGCCCAGAACCGGGCCGCCGCCGCGGCGCUCGGCGUCUCCGGCGCGCUGCUCCUGGCGCUCGCCGUCUUCUACGCGACGAGCCGGUCGAGCGACGUCUUCUUCGAGGACUUCCACAGCAUCGACGCGGCGCGCUGGACCGUGGAGCGGUCGCUGGACGACGGGGGCAACGGCGAGUUCCAGGCCUACACGGACGACCCGGGCGUCAUCUUCGUGCGGAACGGCCGCCUCGUGAUCCAGCCCAAGCCCAUGUCCGCGGACGCGUGGUACCAGCUCUCGGGCCUCGACGCGAAGCUCGCGGACCCGGCGACGCCGGACGCGGACGUGGCGGCGCUCCACGCGCUGCGCGACAAGCUCGAGGCGCCCGGCGGCGUCCGCGGCGCGCUCGACGACGGCACGGAGCUCGCGGUCGAGGGCUGCACCGUGCCCGCGGCGGACGCGGCCGGUGCGCCCCAGAAGUGCGCCCACGCGGGCAAGUGGGACGAGCCCCUGCCGCCCGUCGUCUCCGCGCGCCUGAGCAGCAAGGGCAAGUUCCAGUUCAGGCACGGCCGCGUCGAGGCGCGGCUCCGGCUGCCCGUGGGCGACUGGGUCUGGCCCGCGUUCUGGCUCCUGCCGGCGGAGAACGCCUACGGGCCCUGGCCCUUCAGCGGCGAGAUCGACCUGCUCGAGGCGCGGGGCAACGACGCGGAUUUUGAAGUUGUCGGGUCCUCGCAGAGCGGCAAAGCGGGCUUCGACCGCCUCGCGGCGACGGUCCACUGCGCGGACGCGGGCGGCGGCGACACGUUCUCCAUCGGGAACACGACGAUCUGGCCGUCGCAAUCGAACAAUUUCAAGGCGCUCGAGGACGCGGACGGCUUCGUGAUCAUCGGCCUCGACUGGCGGCCCGGCUCCGUGCGGACCUACGCGCGCGAGGGGCCGGGCCUCGCACAGGAGCGGACCCUGGCGACCUGGCCGGGGGCCAAGGGGCCCUACUGCGAGAACGACGCCUACGACGGCCACCCGGACGCGCCCUUCGACGCCGAGUUCUACUUCGUCAUCAACGUCGCCGUCGGCGGCUCCGCGGGAGGCGGCGUCGCGUACUGGGGGGAGGAGGUGCUCUGGAAGGGCUGCGACCACCCGCACAUGUGCGACCCGCGGACGGCCUUCGCCGACGAGGAGGCGGCCUGGAUCCCGACGUGGACGCGGCCGCUCGAGGUCGACUGGAUCCGCGUGACGAAGGCGCUGGCGUCGUCGCCGGGCAUGCCGGAGAAGCGCGCGCUCGCGGGCGGCAUGCGCCUCCCGGAGCGGCUGCUCGACGUCGUGGAGUUCGAGGGCCUCGAGUCGCCUAGGAAGCGCGCGUCCUUCGACCGGGGCUCGCACCGCGCGUCGCGGGAGAUCGAGAUCAGCCUCGGCAGCCCCUGCGUCCACGGCUCCCCGGACGCGCCCUGGCAGCUCGGCGGCCUCGACGCGUCCCUGCCCCGGAGCCCGAACGGCACGAUCCAGGUCGAGGACCCGCUCGAGGAGGCCGCGCGCGAGCACCGAGAGCGGACGCGGGCCGCGGCCGGGCCGCCGCCGGCCGGGGCCCCGCCGGCGGCCGAAGCCCCGCCGGUGCGCCGCAUGUCCACGGGCACGGACCAGCGGGCGCCGGACCCGCUCGCGCCGCGCGCGGGGCCGCCGAAGGCGCGGCGCGCGAGCGAGAGCUCCGUCGCCCCUUCGCUCCCGAAGCGCAACAGCGAGCCCGCGCUGUCGGCGCUCCAGGACGUCGUCUGCAGCGGCCGCCGGGGCCUCGAGCGGAGCAAGUCCGCCGGCACGGGCCGGUCCCUCCGGAGGACGAAGUCGAAGGGCCGCACGGAGUCGGUCAUCCUGCUGCCGGGCACGACCGUCGACGACACGGACUUCGACGACUGGAAGAUCUUGGAUCCGAGCCACAUUAUCAGCCGCAGCCCCGUGCCCCCGAGCCGCGAGCUCGGCCCGAACCCCGUGUCGCCGUCGGCCGAGCUCUGGGACCCCGCGGGCCUCCGGCGCCCGAAGCCCUGGGACGCGCCGCGCGCGGGCGAGCCGGCGCCGCCCGCCGACGCGCCCGCGGCGCCGGGGGCGCCGCCGGCCGACGCGCCCGGGGGCGCUGAGUGGGACGCGUAG